AUGAAGUUGCCAGGCCAAGAGGAGUCUGACAUCUCCAGUGCUAGUAAAACUGUGCCCACAGGAGAGCUGGACAGUGGCCCUGGCUCUGGCGUCAGCCCUGAUGGCCCCUUCGACACAGACAGCAGGGAACUGGAGGUUCCCAAGGACCCGCCGCUCUUCAUACAGCUGAAUGAGCUGCUGGGCUGGCCCCACGCACCUGAAUGGAAAGAGACAGGCAGGUGGGUGCUGUUUGAGGAGAAGUUGGAAGUGGGUGCAGGCCGGUGGAGCGCCCCCCACGUGCCCACCGUGGCACUGCCCAGCCUCCAGAAGCUCCACAACUUGUUGGCCAAGGGCCUUGUCCUGCUGGACUGUCCAGCUCUGAGCCUCCAGGAGCUUGCAGAGCAGGUGACCAGAGUGGAGUCGCUGAGCCCAGAGCUAAGAGGGAAGCUGAAGGCCUUGCUGCUGCAGAGACCCCAGCACCUCAUCCAGACCCCAUGCACCAGCUCCUGCUGGGGAUCUGCCCAUCUGAGAGAGGCUUCUCAGGAGGAGGAAGCCCCCCUGAAGGAACAGCAUCAGAACCCUCUAAGACAGAAGUUCCCUCCAGGGGCUGAAGCAGGAGCUGUGUUGGCAGGACAGCUGGGCUUCCUGGAACAGCCACUGGGGGUCUUUGUGCAACUGCGGGAUCCAGUGGUGCUGGGGCCCCUUAUUGAGGUGCCCCUCCCCAGCAGGUUUUUCUGCCUCCUCCUUGGUCCCCCUACACUGGGAAGGGGCUACCAUGAGAUGGGCCGAGCAGUGGCCAUCCUCCUCAGUGACCUGCAAUUUCAGUGGAGAGUUCGGCGGGCCAGCAGCCUUCAUGACCUUCUGGCAGCCCUGGAUGCUUUCCUAGAGGAAGUGACAGUGCUCCCUCCAGGUCGAUGGGACCCGACAGCUCGGAUUCCCCCACCUAAAUGCCUGCCCUCUGAGCACAAAAGGCUCCCCUCGCAAUUACGGGUGGCCAAGGGGCCUUUUGUCCGGCGAAGGACCCCAGCUGAGGACAGGCACAGCCGCAGGCAGCACGCGGCCAACCCGGAGUUGCGGCGGACAGGCAGGCUGUUCGGGGGCCUUGUGCAGGACGUGCGGCGGAAAGCCUCGUGGUACCUCAGCGACUUCUUGGAUGCCCUGCACCCCCAGUGCGUCUCGGCCGUGCUCUACAUUUACCUGGCCACCGUCACUAACGCCAUCACUUUCGGGGGUCUGCUGGGAGAAGCCACCGACGGUGCGCAGGGGGUGCUGGAAAGCUUCCUGGGCACGGCAGUGACUGGAGCUGCCUUCUGCCUGAUGGCUGGCCAGCCCCUCACCAUCCUUAGCAGCACCGGGCCAGUGCUGGUCUUUGAACGUCUGCUCUUCUCCUUCAGCAGAGAUCACAGCCUGGAUUACCUGCCCUUCCGCCUGUGGGUGGGCAUCUGGGUGGCCAUCUUUUGCCUGGUGCUGGUGGCCACGGAGGCCAGUGUGCUGGUGCGCUACUUUACCCGCUUCACCGAGGAAGGAUUCUGUGCUCUCAUCAGCCUCAUCUUCAUCUAUGACGCUGUUGGAAAAAUGCUGACCUUGACCCGUGCCUAUCCCAUCCAGAGACCUGGCUCUCCCGCCUAUGGCUGUCUCUGCCAGUACACAGAUCCAGGAGGAAAUGAGUCUCAGUGGACAAGCACAAACCCUAAAGACAGAGAUGACAUCUUGAGCAUGGACCUAGGCCUGAUCAAUGCGUCCUUGCUGCCUCCACCUGAGUGUGCCCAGCGGGGAGGCCAUCCUCGUGGGCCCGGCUGUCAUACAGUCCCAGACAUUGCCUUCUUCUCCAUCCUCCUCUUCCUUACUUCCUUCCUCUUUGCCAUGGCCCUCAAGCAUGUAAAGACCAGUCGCUUCUUCCCCUCCGUGGUACGCAAGAUGCUGGGUGACUUCUCCUCGGUCCUGGCCAUCCUGCUAGGCUGUGGCCUCGAUGCCUUCCUUGGCCUAGCCACACCGAAGCUCAUGGUGCCCAGAGAGUUCAAGCCCACACUCCCUGGACGUGGCUGGCUGGUGUCACCUUUUGGAGCCAACCCCUGGUGGCUGAGUGUGGCAGCUGCCCUGCCUGCUCUGCUAUUGUCUAUCCUCAUUUUCAUGGACCAGCAGAUCACAGGGGUCAUCCUCAACCGUGCUGAAUACAGAUUGCGGAAGGGAGCUGGCUUCCACCUGGACCUCUUCUGUGUGGCUGUGCUCAUGCUCCUCACAUCAGUGCUUGGGCUGCCCUGGUAUGUCUCGGCCACUGUCAUCUCCCUAGCCCACAUGGACAGUCUUCGGAGAGAGAGCAGAGCCUGUGCCCCAGGGGAGGCUCCCAGUUUCCUGGGCAUCAGAGAGCAGAGGCUGUCGGGCCUGGCAGUAUUCAUCCUCACAGGAAUCUCCAUCUUCCUGGCACCUAUACUCAAGUUCAUCCCAAUGCCUCUGCUCUAUGGCAUCUUCCUGUACAUGGGGGUGACAGCGAUUAGCAGCAUCCAGUUGACAAAGAGGGUGCAGCUAUUAUUGAUACCAGCGAAGCACCAGCCAGACCUUCUGUUCUUACGGCAUGUGCCCCUGAGCAGGGUCCACCUGUUCACAGCCAUCCAGCUUGCCUGCCUGGGUCUGCUUUGGAUAAUCAAGUCUACCCCUGCAGCUAUCAUCUUCCCCAUCAUGUUGCUGGGCCUGGUGGGGGUCCGAAAGGCACUUGAGUGGGUCUUCUCACCACAGGAACUCCUCUGGCUGGAUGAGCCGAUGCCGGAGAAGGAGAGGAGCAUCCCUGAGAAGGGCAUGGAGCCAGAGUACUCGUUCAGUGGAAGUGACAGUGAAGAUUCAGAGCUGAUGUAUCAGCCAAAGGCUCUGGAAAUCAACAUCUCUGUGAAUUAGCUGGAGUAGGAGUAUGGAGUUGAGACCCCGGAAACUGAGGUAUUUACUCAGGAAGUCAGGAAAUUACUGGCCUUUGGCUUAACUGCCAGAUGCUCAGUCAGCUGGGAACCUGGAACACUGGGGCAGGACUGGAAGGCAGCUGGCCAAGACCUCAGUCACCCUCCGGAGCUGGGGGUGGAGAGUGGCAGGGAACAAGCAGGCUUGCUUUGUGGUUAGGAAAGUCUGGUAAGUCAGAGGGACUGACCAGGCCCCAUUCACUCUUUACUCCAUUAAAGGAACCUAAGUCUAGGAGCCCUUCUCAUUUUGAAACUUCUAUCCUCACGGAUUCUCUUUUAUACAAUCAGGGGGUUGUCAGGGAACUCUUCUCAGUUUGCAAAAGGGAAAAAUGUCCCUCUUUUCAGAAUAAGUAUUCCUCUAUUUUAAAGUGUU